AUGGCGCAAAUGGACUUGGAAGGUUUGAGAGAAUUACAAGACUGCGCAAACUAUCUUCUCGAUCACUGUCCAGAAGCAAGAGAGUCUCUCUGCCAACAAGGGAAAGAGAAAUGGAUCGAGCAAGUCUCUGAGGCUUCAGUAAGAAUGUUAGAUGUUUGCAAUGUGUCGAAAGAUGUCAUGACACUCGUGAGACAUAGCCUGAAAGAGCUUCAACUGACACUACGCUGUAACGAAUCAAACAUCAAUGAGAAGAUCGCAGCGUAUAAUCGGUAUAGGAAGAAGCUCAAGAAGGAAACGCUCAAGUGUUUGAAUAGUCUAAAGAGUAUAAAAGGAGGAGGAAGAGGGACGACUGUGAUGCAGCAGAGGAUAGAGCAGAACCUUCUGUUUGUCGCAGAGGUUCUGAAAGAAGUGAGAAGAGCCAUUGUGACUAUGGUUGAGUCUCUGUUCUCGCUCGUGUGUAUUCCUUGGCUGGAGAGAAAACAGAGCAAAGGGUCGUUGUCUUCCAUCUUUACGAUGCGGUUUUGCUGUUUUAAUGAUGCGUGGGACGAAGUAGCGGUGCAGAGCGGGAGUACAAGGUUGGAGGCUGCACAGAUCGCUGUUGAGGAGCUUGAGAUCGAGUUGGGGUGUAUUUUCCGGCGACUGAUUCAGACCAGAGUUUCACUUUUAAAUAUUGUUACAGCCAAGAUGUCUCCUGUUUGA